UAAUUCACACAAACAACUUAUAAAAAUACAUUACAAGCUCAAAUGGAUUCUUUUCUUAACAAAUUCACUCUGCUAGUGCUUCUUUUACUUGUCACACCCUCAGCUCUAGCUCAGACUAGGGUCGGCUUUUAUUCUAGCUCUUGCCCGAGAGCUGAAUCCAUUGUGCAAGCCACUGUUAAGAAACAUGUUAAGGCCAAUACUGCUGUUGCCCCGGGAUUGCUUAGAAUGAUAUUCCAUGAUUGCUUUGUUCACGGCUGUGAUGCUUCGAUUCUCAUCGAUGGCAGCGAUGCUGAGAAAACCGCUAGGCCGAAUCUUCUGCUGAGAGGAUAUGAUGUGAUUGAGGAUGCCAAGACACAACUAGAGGCAGCAUGCCCCGGAGUCGUGUCUUGUGCUGAUAUUCUUGCUCUUGCUGGCCGUGACUCUACAGUUGAGGUUGGUGGAUUGACAUACCGAGUCCCCACAGGUCGGAGAGACGGACUAGUGUCGUUAGCCUCCGACACCGCCAAUUUGCCGAGUUUCACAGAUUCAGUCGCUGUCCAAAAGCAAAAAUUUGCAGACGUAGGUCUCAGCGCCCAAGAUCUUGUCACUCUUGUUGGUGGACACACUAUCGGAACAGUUGCUUGCCAAUUUAUAAGCUACAGACUCUACAACUUCACAACUUCCGGGGGUGCUGAUCCUACCAUUGAUCCCACAUUUCUUCCAACACUCCAAUCUCUCUGUCCACAAAACGGUGAUGGCAAUAAGCGUAUUGCGUUAGAUUAUGGAAGCGGUGACAAGUUUGAUCAUUCUUUCUUCAAAAAUGUGCAAAAUAACCGCGGAAUUCUGGAAUCUGAUCAAAGCCUAUGGCAGGAUAGUACAACAAAGAAUUUUGUGCGGAGGUUUAUUGGAAUAAGAGGCCUGGCUGGAUUGACUUUGAACGUUGAGUUUGGAAGAGCCAUGAUCAGAAUGACUAACAUUGGAGUGAAGACCGGCACGGAGGGUGAAAUUCGUAAAGUUUGUUCAGCAAUUAACUAAAGUGAUCAAAUAUUCAAAUUUUCCAGUUUUGGGGUUAUUUCAAUUUUUGCAUAACAAGAAGAAAUUGUUCACAAUACCAAUGUUGAUGUACGUACAAUCUGUCAAGUUGUCUGAUGUAUGUUUAUAUGUUAUUGAAUCAAAAACAUGAUACUUGUUAUUUUUUGUAUA